AUGGGACUAGUUAGCGUCAUAGCAUCCACGUGUCAACUUUCACACAAUCUCCUAGUCACAAUCCAGGGCCACGGCCACGGGGCCCCAACUGCCGACUAUCCUUACGCCUCUAAUUUCUGUGAUAAUUCACGUAACUUUUACUAUCCUCAAAGAGCUUCUGAGUUGUUCGAUAUGUUAAAAGCAAUAUGUACGUGUUUGUUGCGUGCUCUAUAUUCUUUGUAUUCGCAGUGUAGAUACACCGUAGCCGAUGGCAACGGUUGGCGUGACUGCCAAUACGGCGGCAAAGUUUCCGGUUACCAGUGGGACUGCAAGAAGUCAGUCGACAAACCUAUGUGCCAAGCAAAGACCGAACCAAAGUGCCAGGCAAAGUGCCAACCAAAUGACCAAACAACUUGUUAUCCAAAAUCACCUCUACAGGCUCACCUAAUGGACGGGUUACCAGGUCACUUGCCUCACAAACUAUCCUCUGUUGGCUGCACAUCCAAGUGUUCGACAUGUCCUAAGCAGUCACCUGGCAUGGUAUGUUUGACGCCCAUGGGCUUCUGGGAUUUGACUCAUGCCGGAUCCAAAAAGGGCACGGGUAAAGAUAUAUGCAACGUGCUUUCCGAAUUUUGCGGUAGUGCGGACUCGCCGUUGCCCACGCUGCUAAACUAUUUGAUGCAGGUAUCACCGACGCCGCCUAAAUCUCUGGCAGAUCAAUUCUCAUUCUUUGCCAAUAUCUUCAGACAGUUGUCAUCUGGCAAGUUUUCUACCAGCGACAGAUUGGUGAACCAUAUGAAUACGAAUACUAUUCCUGCAAUGUCCUUGAGGCUAUAUGCCGAUGAAGCCACAAAGUUCACUAGCCAGUUAAAAUCAUUAUCUGGUUCAACGUCUGAUCACAACGACAAGAUUCCCGGCGUCACUCACUCCGAUUUAUAUAGCCUGUGCACUGAAGUUGCUAUACAUUCCGAUCUUAUGUGUUCGGCACAAAGCAAAGAUUGCGCUCCAUAUCUCAAACCUCUCUGUGCUGAUGCCCAUCACACAUAUGCUACAAAGCACGCAAACCUUUAUCUGUCAUGGCUUACUUAUUUGCCUUUUGAUUUCUACAAUCUUCUGAAAUCACUGUUUGAGGACUUUUGCAAUAUCGAUUGCAAAGCCGGUGGUUGUUCGGCAUGUAAUUGCGCAGUAGGAAAACAUGGACUCCAAUUCCAGUGUACCUGCAAGAGUUAUGUGCAGUGCCAUGGCGUACGCAUGAUACUAAACAACUAUGGAUUCACAUUUGGUGAUUCCAAAAAGUUGAUGGAUAAUCCAGACAGACGCUUCUGCCAUAAUUUCUAUUAUCAACUUAAAAAGGUCAUCGAGUCGGACCAUUUCAAAACGCUAUUAGAAAAAUGCGAUGAUAUAUUAUGGUACAUUAGAAUCCCAUUCUCAUACCUCUUAUUAGCCCUCUGGUCCCUCUCUGUCCUCUACCUGCUGCACAUCACCGUCGUCCGCCUCGACGUCCUGAGGAUACGCUCCCACCUGAGAUCACCCGCAAGCCACCGCAUCGCCGCGCAGUCCCUCCUCGCCGUUGCAAAGGUUGGGAAAAUAGCCAACGUCAAGUACCUCUCACCAUAA